AUGGCGUCCGUAGCGGCGGUGGAGGGCGCGGCCGCGGCGCUCCGGUCGGUGCUGUCGCGCGCGCAGCAGGCGGCGGCGCGGGCGGGGCGCGCUCCGGAGUCGGUGCGCGUGGUGGCGGUGAGCAAGACGAAGCCCGUGGGCGUCAUCCGCGGCGUGUACGACGCCGGCCACCGCUGCUUCGGCGAGAACUACGUCCAGGAGCUCAUCGACAAGGCCCCCCAGCUUCCAGAGGAUAUUGAGUGGCACUUCAUUGGGAACCUGCAGAGCAACAAAGCCAAAGCCCUCCUAGCUGGUGUACCAAAUCUUGACAUGGUUGAGAGCGUAGACGAUGAGAAGAUCGCAAAUCGUCUUGAUCGGGUGGUAGCUGAUUUGGGGAGAAAACCUCUUAAGGUCUUGGUCCAAGUCAACACAAGUGGAGAAGAAUCAAAAUUUGGAGUAGAUCCCUCAGGGUGUGUGGGAUUAGCAAAGCAUGUCAAGUUGAGCUGCCCAAAUCUUGUAUUUUCUGGUUUGAUGACAAUUGGAAUGCUUGAUUACUCCUCAACUCCAGAGAAUUUCAAGGCAUUGACUAGUUGCCGGAAGGAGGUAUGCAAUGAACUUGGAAUACCAGAAGAGCAGUGCGAGCUGUCAAUGGGCAUGUCUGCCGAUUUUGAGCAGGCGAUUGAAAUGGGCAGCACAAAUGUCAGAGUUGGAUCAACCAUAUUUGGUGCAAGAGAAUACCCAAAGAAGAACUAG